CGAUAUAUUAUCCUGGACUCUUAGUGAAUUUAAGACAUUUAUGCCGUGAUACUUCAUUAUUUACCAGGCUCAACUUGUGCUACAACUUGGACUUUCCUUUGUGCAGAAAGCUACGCUAAUCAUGAAUUUUCUCCGUCUUCUAAGUUUCAAUUUCAUUUGGGCAGUAGUAUUCCUCGGGGCUUCUGUCGUCGUACCUCAACUAGCGGGCGCUCAGCUUUUAGACCCAAACACAUGCGCCUCGAAUCUACCUCGUUCCAUAGUAAGCGGUAAAUAUGGGUUAUCAACAUGUUCGCUUCCAAUAGAUGAAGACUCGGCGAUCGACACGGGGGUCUGGGCUCCAUGGAAGAAGCGUCCGUACUGUAUAGAGCCUCUUCAAAGCGACGCACCCGCGCCACAGUUCUGCCUCUAUACGUUCGAGCCCUUCCGAGGGAGUCAUGGCUUUAGCGUCGUCACCACACCUGUGCUAGCAGCUACUAUAGUCGACGCGUUAGAUGAUGCGGUAGUGCCCCCUAGGCUAAGGGAUCACCCUUCAAGCUCACUUGCGCCAGACGCCAGGGAUAGUCCUGCCUUCGCGGUCGAGAACAUUCCGGGCAAAGGGAAGGGUCUUAUCGCGAAACGGCAUAUCCGGAAAUGGGAUGUUAUUCUUGUUGAUUUCCCCGUCAUACUUACGCAUAUGGGAUUGUUUGAAGUGGUCGGUCCCGAAACGCGACAGGAUAUUCUAGAACGAGCGUUGCGUCAACUACCAGAGGAGCAACAGGGUGAAAUAUUGUCCCUUGCACGGAGCUCGGGCGGCGAGCCAAUUGAAGAUACGUUGAAAACAAAUAUUUUUGGAGUAGAGCUAGGCAUGGAGAUACCGCACCUAGGGCUGUUCCAAACUGCUUCGCGAAUGAACCAUGAUUGCAAACCUAGCGCUUUCUGGCGAUAUUCGGUACGAAAUUUGGCAGUUGAAGUCAUCGCGAUGCGGGACAUUGAGAUGGGGGAAGAGAUCACACAGAGUUAUGUCCCACUAGGUCUUACACAUAACGAGCGUAAGGAAGGACUCAAUAGCUGGGGAUUUACCUGCCAAUGUUCCUUGUGUGCGGCGUCAAAGACUCACAGGGACACUUCGGACUACCACAGAAAGCGACUCUUAAAUAUCUAUCAUGAAUUAAACGAGGUCGCGACCGGUAAGGCAAAUAUGACUGCGGACGCUAUCACACAGCUCACGGGAGAGAUUGAAAAUUUGGUUCAGAAGGAGAGUCUAGAAGCUCAAUUGCUCGUGUAUUAUGGUGUCGUCGCUAGAGCGUAUAUGAAAGCGAGCGAGUUGUCGGCGGCGAGGAAGUAUGUCGAUCUGUGUGAGGACUUGUGGGUUCGAUACGCUGGCGGGGAGGAAGAUUACCAAGCAGGAAUGCACCAACUUCAACAUGAGUUAAAAGAGCGGGAGGCAAAAGCUAUUGAAAGUGAGAAAGCUAGGGGAUAGCAGGGUGCAAGGAGUGCACUGUUGUUGAUGAAGUUGAUCUGUGCCGACAGUGUGAAUACUGUCUUACGAUAUCCACAACGCGAAACAAACAAAGAGACCAGACAAUGAGUUUGUGA